CGCGUACCGCCUUCAAUGGUGCCACGGCGCCGCCUCUCUCGCACUGUCCACUGCUGCUCCCAGCUGCCGGCCUGGUAUGUUGCAUUCCUGAGCUCUACCCUACCAUAAUACGUGCAAUGGAUACCACAUCUCCACCGGCGUACCGCGAACGAUCCAGGGGGAAAUCACGCUCGCGUACCAGGCCCGAGGGCAAGACAGACUAUGUCAUUGGCAUAUGUCUCCUGCUUGUGGUAGUCGUAUUGUGGACAGGGAGCAAUUUCCUGACCCAGGAUCUCUUCGAGGACGGCUAUGAGAAGCCUUUCCUCGUCACAUACCUCAACACGAGUGCUUUCUCAGUGUAUCUCCUCCCCUACCUGAUAAGGCGGACGAUGGAGCGAUUCCGCCGAGACAACGUGAGAGGGAACACUAGGUCCCAGAGUGAUUACGAGCCCCUCGCGACAGAGGCAGACGCGGCAGAGAUUCUUGCAUCCACAGAAUCGAGCCCGGUCUCUUCAGCCGUUGAUCGACUGAAUACGAGGGAGACAGCCCAGCUAGCUGCCCUGUUCUGUCCGCUAUGGUUCAUAGCGAACUGGUCGGUGAAUGCGUCAUUGGACUAUACCAGCGUAGCAAGCGCAACGAUCCUUUCGAGCAUGAGCGGCUUCUUCACAUUGGGCCUCGGCCGCCUGUUUCGGGUGGAGACGCUUACGCUGGUUAAGCUGGGUGCAGUCGUGACAAGCUUCGGGGGAGUAGUACUCGUCUCGCUAUCCGACUCUCAACAGUCAACCCCUCCGCCCACAUCACCAUCGGUCGAGCCUCCACCUACAACGGAGAAUCCCAUCACAACGUUCGCAUCCGCCCAUAUAUUCGGGGACUUACUCGCAUUGCUCUCUGCCCUCUUCUAUGCCCUCUAUGUCAUCCUCUUGAAGGUGCGCAUCAAAGAGGAGUCACGCAUCGACAUGCAACUGUUCUUUGGUUUUGUCGGUCUGUUCAAUAUCCUGGCAUGCUGGCCCAUCGGUAUCGUCCUCCACCUCAUCGGCGUCGAACGACUUGAACUGCCAUAUACUAACAAGGCCAUAUUGGCUCUCCUCAUCAAUAUGGCCAUUACGCUAUCGAGCGACUUCAUCUACGUCCUGGCAAUGCUGAAGACAACGCCGCUCGUCGUCACGGUCGGCCUCAGUCUGACGAUGCCCCUUGCCGUCAUCGGAGACUUCUUCCUCUCCAAGCCCGCCAAGGCCCAAGUCAUUGUAGGAGCGGUGGUCGUGUUGUGUAGUUUCGUCAUGGUCGGACUUGAGGAUUCUCGAAAUGAUCGGGAACAGGAUAUGCUCAGCGGCGCGCCCUUAGACAGCGAGUCGUCAGAAGGGGCUGUUAGACUAGAGGAGGAACGCAGUUCGAGUGCUUGAGCUCCCUGUCACCUAUUUUCUUGUUGUUGGUUUAUUAGUAGAUGUGAGUGUAAUAUACAGGACCUUCGGAACUUGCAUGCGUUGCAUCUGUUUCGCAUCGAAGGUGUAUUGUCUGUUGCUGUUUGCACACCCUGAGUCAGGGUAUGGGUGCUCUCAUUGACCAGGGGAAUCGUAGCAGCAAUCGGACAUAAAUUUUCCUUUCCAUUGCGACUCAUUCGCU